AUGAAAAGCCCCCUUUCUUCAUCUUCUUGUCCAUUACAACCCGCCACUAUUUCCCGCCAUUACCCAAUACCUAAACCCCCUGUAUAAAAACAUCUUACACAAAUCCAACAACAGCCCACUAAAAAACACAACAUUUCUUGAAGACCCAUCUCAAAAAAUCCCAAUUUAAUCAUCUCUCAGCAAAAUGGAUGACCCUUUUCAAGAAGACAACAAAUUCCCGGAGCUCAAACUUGAUGCUAAGCAAGCUCAAGGGUUUCUAUCAUUUUUUAAAACCCUACCUAUUGACAACAGGGCUGUUCGAUUUUUCGAUCGACGGGACUAUUAUACUUCCCACGGCGAGAAUGCAACAUUUAUUGCAAAGAAUUACUAUCGUACUACUACUGCUUUAAGACAACUGGGCAAUGGAGCAUAUUCUCUUUCAAGUGUUAGUGUUAGCAAAAAUAUGUUUGAGAUGAUUGUCCGUGAUCUUUUAUUGGAGAGAACUGAUCACAGUGUUGAGUUAUAUGAGGGGAGUGGUUCAAAUUGGAGAUUGGUAAAAAGUGGGACCCCUGGAAAUCUUGGCAGUUUCGAAGACAUUUUGUUUGCCAAUAAUGACAUGCAGGACUCUCCAGUAAUCGCUGCCCUUGUCCCAAGCUUCAAGGAAAAUGGGUGCACAAUUGGUCUUGGAUAUAUUGAUCUUACUAAGAGGGUACUGGGGUUGACCGAAUUUCUUGAUGACAGCCACUUUACCAACUUAGAAUCUGCUUUAGUUGCACUUGGUUGCAAAGAAUGUCUCUUGCCUGUGGAUGGUACCAAAUCCAGUGAAUCUAGGCCCUUGAAUGAUGCAAUGUCCAGGUGUGGAGUAAUGGUAACUGAAAGAAAGAAAACCGAGUUUAAAGGUCGUGAUGUAAUACAGGAUCUUGGGAGGCUUGUUAAAGGUUCCAUGGAACCAGUUCGGGAUCUUGUAUCUGGAUAUGAAUUCGCAACAGGUGCUUUAGGGGCCUUACUCUCUUACACAGAAUUGCUAGCUGAUGAAAGCAAUUACGAAAAUUAUAACCUGAAACAGUACAGCCUUCAGAGCUACAUGAGAUUAGAUUCUGCUGCUGUGCGGGCACUUAAUGUCAUGGAGAGCAAAACUGAUGCUAACAAAAAUUUCAGCUUGUUUGGUCUUGUGAAUCGAACCUGUACUGCUGGGAUGGGUAAGCGAUUAUUGAACAUGUGGCUAAAACAACCUUUAUUAGAUGUUAAUAAAAUCAACUGUAGACUUGACUUGGUACAAGCAUUUGUGGACGAUCCUGAACUUCGCCAAAAUUUGAGACAGCAUUUAAAAAGGAUUUCAGAUAUUGAGCGUUUGAUGCGGAGUCUUGAGAAGAAGAGUGCUAAUCUCGUGCAUGUUGUGAAGCUUUAUCAGUCAAGUAUACGACUUCCAUAUAUCAAGAGUGCCUUGCAACGAUAUGAUGGACAAUUUGCUUCACUGAUUAAAGAAAAGUACUUGAAUUGCCUCGACUUCUGGACUGAUGAUAACCACUUAAAUAAGUUCCUAGGUCUCGUGGAAACUGCAGUUGAUCUUGACCAACUCGAGAAUGGAGAAUACAUGAUUUCCCCAAAUUAUGAUGAUAAAUUAUGCAUAUUGAAGAAUGAGCAAGCAUCACUAGAAAUGCAAAUAAACAAAUUGCAUCAACAAACUGCCAGUGAUCUUGAUUUGGCUAUUGAUAAGGCUUUGAAAUUAGAGAAGGGAACACAGUUUGGGCAUGUGUUUAGAAUUACAAAGAAGGAAGAACCAAAAGUGCGAAAGAAACUUAACACCCAUUUUGUUGUCCUUGAAACUCGAAAAGAUGGGGUAAAGUUUACAAAUUCUAAGCUCAGGAAACUAGGAGACCAGUACCAAAAGAUUGUCGAGGAAUACAGAAUCUGUCAGAAAGAGAUCGUUGGCCGUGUAGUUAAAACAGCAGCAUCUUUUGGCGAGAUUUUUGAGGGUAUAGCUGCAUCGCUUUCUGAGUUGGAUGUCUUGCUAAGCUUUGCUGAUCUGGCUGUUAGUUGUCCCACUCCCUACACAAGACCAGAUGUCACCCCAUCGGAUGAAGGAGAUAUCAUACUAGAAGGCAGUAGGCAUCCUUGUGUGGAAGCUCAAGAUUGGGUGAAUUUUAUACCUAAUGAUUGUAAACUUGUGAGGGGUGAAAGUUGGUUCCAGAUCAUCACAGGGCCCAACAUGGGUGGAAAGUCAACAUUUAUAAGACAGGUCGGAGUGAACAUCCUGCUGGCACAGAUUGGAUGUUUUGUUCCUUGUGACAGAGCUCAAAUUUCUGUUCGUGAUUGUAUUUUUGCUCGCGUUGGUGCUGGCGACUGUCAGCUUCGUGGAGUUUCAACCUUUAUGCAAGAGAUGCUUGAAACUGCUUCAAUUUUGAAAGGAGCUACUGAGAAGUCAUUGAUCAUAAUUGAUGAGCUGGGUCGUGGAACAUCAACUUAUGAUGGAUUUGGUUUGGCAUGGGCUAUAUGUGAGCAUCUUGUUCAAGAGAUCAAAGCACCUACAUUGUUUGCAACCCACUUUCAUGAACUGACUGCUUUAGCUCAAGGAGAUACUGCUCAAAGUUCUAAUAUGAAUAACAUAGUUGGUGUGAAAAAUUAUCAUGUCAGUGCACAUAUUGAUUCAUCAAAUCGCAAGCUAACGAUGCUUUACAAGGUCGAACAAGGGGCCUGUGAUCAGAGUUUUGGAAUCCAUGUUGCUGAAUUUGCAAAAUUUCCAGAAAGUGUUGUUGCUCUUGCUAGAGAAAAGGCUGCUGAGCUUGAAGAUUUCUCACCGACCAGUUUCGUCACGACUGAUGCCAUUAAAGAAGAGUCACAGGUGGGAUGCAAGAGGAAGCGAGAGUAUAACCAAGAUGACAUGUCAAAAGGUGCUAUUCAGGCUCGUCAAUUCUUAAAGAAGUUCUCUGAGAUGCCGCUUGACAAGAUGGACAUUGAACAGGCUCUACAUGAAGUAAGGACCUUGAAGAAUGAUUUGCAAAAGGAUGCUGUUGGCUGCGGGUGGCUGCAGCAGUUCUUUUAGUUAAUUCGACAAUGGUUUUUUCAUUUUACAUAUUCAGGACUACCCUUAUGCAACAUGUCCUUUCUUUCGGUUAGCAACUCCAGUUCAAGAGCUUUGUCCCGCGCUGUCUAUAGUUUCUCCUAGCUUUUGAUUCAUCAAAACUUAGAAGUAUGGGGGCAAUAUCUUGCAAUUAUGUAUAGAGAAUCAUUCAAGUUAACAUACUAUUGCGUGUAGUAACUAGCAAUGUGGUUUUCUUGGCCAAUUUUGUAAGUAGAAUCUAAUCUAUUGGCUCUAAUGAUGUUGAAUUACUCGCAUUUCAGUAAGUUUUGGCCUUUAA